AUGGGAAAUACGGCCAUUCAAUCUAAUGAUCCAUUUAAAAUUGGAAUUUGUUUAAGUUCAGAAUUCACGGACCUAGUUUUGGAUAAGAAUUUUGCUGAUCAAAUGGCUUCAGUAUUCAGUAAGGGUAAAAAGGGUGUGAUCAUGUGGAAGUUGGUAGUUUCAGCUAUUUUCCAGGUCCUUCAUAUGGAUAGGAAUGACUAUUAUGGUGGAGAAUCAACUUCACUCAAUCUUGUUCAGCUCUGGAAAAGGUUUAGAGGAAGUGAUAAGCCUCCAGCUCACUUGGGUUCUAGUAGAGAUUAUAAUGUUGACAUGAUCCCUAAGUUUAUCAUGGCAAAUGGGGCUCUUGUACGGGUCCUUAUUCAUACUGAUGUAACUAAAUAUUUGUACUUCAAAGCUGUUGAUGGCAGCUAUGUGUAUAACAAAGGGAAGGUUCACAAGGUGCCAGCAACUGACAUGGAGGCCCUUAAAUCUCCUCUCAUGGGUUUAUUUGAGAAGCGCCGGGCUAGUAAAUUCAUCAAGUUUGUCCAAGAUUAUGAUGAAAAGAAUCCUGAAACGCACGAAGGACUAGAUUUGACGAGAGUGACGACUAGAGAGCUCAUUGUAAAGUAUGCUCUUGGUGACAACACUGUCGACCUUUAUGCGGAAUCUCUAGCACGUUUUGCAGGAGGAUCUCCAUAUAUCUAUCCUUUGUAUGGCCUGGGAGAGCUUCCCCAGGCAUUUGCUCGUCUAAGCGCUGUGUACGGUGGGACCUACAUGUUGAAUAAAUCCGAGUGCAAGGAACGCAUAUCCAACAAUGAGAAAGUUAUAUGUGAUCCUUCUUACUUGCCUAACAAGGUUAGGAAGGUUGGCAAAGUCGCAAGGGCUAUUGCAAUUAUGAGCCACCCUAUCCCAAAUACCAACAAUUCUCACUCAGUGCAGGUUAUUCUGCCUCAGAAGCAGUUGGGUCGCAAAUCAGACAUGUAUCUGUUUUGUUGUUCUUAUUCUCAUAAUGUUGCUCCGAAAGGGAAAUUUAUUGCAUUUGUCUCCACAGAGGCAGAGACUGAUCAACCUGAGAUUGAACUGAAGCCAGGGAUCGAUCUUCUAGGACCAGCAGAUGAGAUCUUCUUUGAGACCUAUGACAGAUAUGAACCUGUCAACGAGCCCUCUCUUGACAAUUGUUUUGUAUCGACAAGUUAUGACGCAACAACUCACUUUGAGUCGACUGUUCUGGAUGUGCUCAAUAUGUAUACGAUGAUUACUGGAAAGGUUCUUAAUCUGAAUGUGGAUUUAAGUGCUGCCAGUGCAGCUGAAGAAUGA